AUAAUACUCCUAAUUAAUAUCCAAAUAUCCGAUGUAACAAUGGACUAAAAGUCCCUGUAUCUAAACAACCACUGAAUUUCUGCAAAGACAUGGAAUGCAUCAGAGAUGCAACACAUGCCCUAGCUAGGUACAACAUGACACAUGAUAUUGAUCAGGUCACCAACUAUAAUCUCUGACUCUCUGUACCAAUGAUCUUGAGAGAGCUAUAGCUUGCCCCUUUUUGGUGAGAGACUACUAAGCACCAAACUCUCCCUGUCGUCUUCCUCCCUUGCUAUGGCUAUGGCCAUGGCCGGGGCCCCCAGUGGGUCUCUGGACCUAGUACACACUUGCAAUUAUGCAACUCCAGAUUUAGGGAUGGUGGCUUCCCAUUUCUGCUGAAGCUCCCUUGUCCAUCCACCCACCUAUAAACAGCCUCCUUCCUCACUUGAUCACUCACUCAUCGUCAUCCAUUGCUCACACACACAGCUGAGCUCAGCUCAGUUCAUGGAAGCACCACCACCAUCUCAUUUGACAAGUGCCAGCACAAGGUGAUCAAAUUACCUACAAGGGCUUUGUUUUGCCUCUCUGGUUAAUGGAGGACACCUCUUCUCUUCACAUCGUCGAAGAAGACGGCUUCGUCGUCGACCUGUCUCUGACGCUGGGCUCCAGAUCGCCGCCGCCUUCCUCUCCUCCGGCCAGCGGUGGCGGCGGCGACAACAGAGCAAGAGGUGGUGGCAAUGGUGGUGUCAGGCUCUUCCCUUGCCUCUUCUGCAACAAGAAGUUUCUCAAGUCCCAGGCGCUAGGUGGGCACCAGAACGCACACAAGAAGGAGAGGAGCGUCGGGUGGAACGCCCACCUCUACCUCCCCGCCGCCGCCGCCGCCGCCGCACCGGCAACGGCGCCGGCCAUCCCUGACAUGGCCGGCAUGCCGACCCAUCAAAUGUCCGCCAUGGCGAUGCACUCCUGCCGGCCUCACCACCAAGCAGGCUCCCAUGUCACCGCCGCCGCCGACGACCUUGCCACUUUGGCUGCGCCGGCGCCGCGUUACACCGUGGACGGUGGCAGCGCUGUCCUCGUCGUUGUCGAUGGCGGUGGCAGCUCGGUGGUGCGGCGGCAAAGGCAAAGAGAGACUGGCAGCCACCAGCAGAGGCAGGUUGAUCUCAACCUGAAGCUCUAGCUAGCUAGUUGGUAGUUGCUCAUGCUGAGACUGAGCUGAGCUGAGAUGAUGAUCGAGGUAGGUACUGCUUUGAUUUGUGCUUCGGAGAUUCUUCUCUUCUUCUUUCUUCCUCCUCGUCGUCUUCCUUCUUUUACUUUCUUUCUUUCUUUCCUUUUUCUUUCUUCGUCGUCGUCGUCUUCUUCUCUCUCGAGAGCGGCCACGCAUGUCUUUUCUACUAGAUGUACAAUUAAGAAUAAACCAGUGGCUAUUGUAAAUUAAGUGAUUAAUCAGUUGCCUC